UUAUUGUAGUUGUAAACAUCACAAGUGAACAUUGUUAGUGUACCAUUUCUAUUUGAUUGUAUAUCCAUCAGUUUUACAUCGGACAUUUUAGUUUUAAUGAAGUUAUUUAGCGCACAUUUUUUUGUUGAAUCUUUUUUGUGAUAGGAUGAAAGCGUGUUUGUAGAUCUAAUUCAAAAUAUAUUUAUUUGUACAUGUAAACCUUAUGUUUGGAGUGAAAUAUCAAAUUAUGGUUGGAUUUCUCAAAUAUCUCAAUUAUCAUCAAGUCAUGAUCAAAUUGUGACAUCGAAAAUCUCUACAAAGAGCUCAAAUUUUUGUAAGUAGACGUUCAAUUAUUCCCGCUGACAAUAGAUAAGAAACAUACAACUUUCUAAAUUUAUACAUUUGAAGAAAACGAAACUGAUUGUGUUUUUUUUUAAUUUAAAUUUUAUUGUUUCUAGAUUGUAAAAAACGUCGAAUUGAAAAUGAUGAUAAUCUUCUUAAAAUUGUAAAGAUAUGUACGACAUGUCAUCAGUCAGACAAAAAGAUAAAUGUUCAUAAUAAUGAUGUUAAAAAUUAUCAUUCUGUAUUAAAAACAAACGAAAAAUAUAUUGAACAAGAAUCUAUUGAUAACUUGUUGUCGUGUUAUAUGUAAAAUCUUUUUCUUUUGUUGUUGUUAUUAUUGUUAUAAUUCUCUUGUGUAUAUAUUAUUACUGCAGAUAAAAUAGAAAAUUGACGGUUUUUUUUCUUCAAUAUAUAAACUAUUUUCAGAUAAUGCGUUCAUUAUUUAUCGUUGUACGACAUUCUUCUCUUGUAACAUCUAAACGAACAUUUUUUACUCAAUCGUAUAUUGGAGGUAAAUGAGUUUCAACCCAAUCAGGUGAAACAUUUAAGGUGCGCUGUUUUUCAUGUUUGUUGUUUCUAAUAUUUAUGCCAAAAAAAAACUUUAGGUUUAUAAUCCGGCAAAUGGAAAAGAAACUGGCAGCGUACCAAAUUAUAAUCAAAAUGAUGCUGAAUUAGCUGUUCAAGACGCAGCGUCAAAAGCUUUUCAUAAACAAUAG